GCUCUCUGCAAUUUAUUAGGGUUUCAAUUUGGCGGGAAUUGGUAAGGGCAUUAUCGUUAUACUAAAAUGUAUAAAGCGCAUUAUAGUCAUUAAACCAAUAACUUCCUGCGAAAGUAAAUAAUUGGGCUUUAACGAAGGCCCAAGAUUAUUUACGUAAGGCCCAAGUUUUUCUUCUUCUUUUUAGCGUUUGCGGCGUAGUUGAAGUAGCAGAAUCACUUUUGCAGUUGCAGAAUCAUAGAAGAAUUGAAUAUGGAGUUUACUCAAGAUGAUUUUGAUCGGUUAGUGUUAGCCGAGCACAGUCGAAAAAUCUGUGAACAAAACUACGCUAAAGAUCCUUUGGAUGCUAAUAAUCUGACUAAGUGGGGAGAAGCUUUGAUAGAGUUGUCCGCAUUCCAAAUUCCGGCGGAAUCCAAGGCAAUGAUUGAAGAUGCACUUUCUAAGUUGGAGGAGGCUUUAGUAAUUGAUCCGACAAAGCAUUACACUCUUUGGUGCUUGGGGAACGCCAACACGUCUUGUGCAUUUCUAGUUUCCGAUAUCAAUGAUGCAAAGCCUUAUUUUGAUAAGGCGGUAUUGUAUUUUCAGAAAGCUCUGGAACUGGAUCCUGAAAAUGGUCUCUAUCUACAGUCCUUGAAAGUUGCUCUUAAGGGCCCGGGACUACACACGGAGAUCCGAAAACAGGGGUUUGGUCAAAGUCAAGGGGGGUCCUCUGCUUCUUCAAAAGAACAGGUAUCUAAAAAGAAGAGGAGCAAUGGCUUUAAAUAUUAUGACCUGUUGGGAUGGUGUAUUCUUGCAGCAGGUAUAGUAACAUGGGUGGCAAUCGCCAAAUCUCACGUUCCACCAUCACUCCCAAGUUAAACAAAUUUAGAUUCUUUUUAUGUAGUAUUGUCAUCAAAACUACCGGUGAAAGAUUGUCCAUAUAGAUUGGAAGUUGUGAAUUUGAUAAUGCACACUGAUGUUUGGUUGGUUAAGAAUUUUGACCUAGUUGUUGACUCUAUCUGAGAUGAUCCAAUUUUGACCUAGUUGUGGCUUUAAAUAUGACUUCAAUUUUUUAUUAUUGGAUAAAUGGGAACAUGGAUAGUAAAUGGGAGCAUACUCAGUUUAACGACGAUUCUAAUCAUACGUUACCUUUGCAACUCA